GCAGAUAAGCAGUGACAACCAAUUAAUUUUGUUUUUCUGAGAGAGUAUUCAGGAGUGCUGUGCAAUAUGCAAUGGGAGAAAUCACCACCACCAGUGCUGGGCAGGUCCAGGCCAUACCAGGGUGUUCGAGUGAGAGACCCAGUCAAAGAGCUGCUGAGGAGGAAGAGAGGCCUGGAGUCACACAGCACCAAAUCAGCGCCUCCUGCUGUGGAUGUGGUCCCACACAACAAUCAAUCAAGCAGUCAGUCACCUUUUGCACAAGGUAACUUUGGGUUUGAGGCGACCAGCGGCUCUUCAGGUGUCCCGUUGGCCACAGUCAGUGAUGGAGGGCUGCAGUGCGCAGGAUGGAAAGCCCCGCCCACUGCCACCACAGCCAGCUUCCAGCCUGCCGUCCCGCCCUGGUCCUCGUCCGACUACAACCAGCCGGACCCCUCAGCCCAGACCCUGGCCUACCCAGCCACCCCCGCCCUCACAGCGGAUGUCUAUAUGCAGACUCUGUGCCCCAGCUACACCAUGCUGACCUACACACACACACCCCUGCUCACUAACAUUGGGACCAUACCUGUGGCUUCAUCACCGGCCUCCCUCCCCCAGAUGGACCUCCAGGACUCUGGCCUGACCUACCUGCCCUGGGCCCAGCCCCUCACCACCAUAUCCACCAUGCCCACCUCAGGGGUUCAGUUUAGCCCCGGCUCUGCCCCUCUGCCUGGGUCUCCUCUGGUCCAUAUGCCCUUGUCCAUGUCUUUAACCACCAUGAUCCCUCAGCUGGAGGCCCAGGGUCUGGAGCCUCAGCCCCAGAUCCUGGAACUGCCACAGCCUGCGGACCACCAGCUGAACCCUGAACCACGAGCCCAGACCCUGGAUGAGGAUCAAGAAGUGGAGCCAGAACCACCAAACCCAUUGGAGAAGCUUCUGGAAGAUCCAAAGGAAGAGCACGAAGAGGAAGGCAAAGACACAUACAGCAGCUCACUUUUCAUACCCACUGUCUGAGGAUGUGAAAUCCCCAGGAUGUAUACUCAGGGAUCAAGUUUUUUUUUUUGAUAUGCAUAAGGGGAUAUAAAAGGGGUGGCUGGCUGGGGAGGUGGAUGGGGGCUUAUUCAUAUUUUUUUCUGAAACUAUAUUUGAUUUUUCUGUUGGUGUUUUCUUUGCCUGAUGAUGGUCGCCAACUGUAGGUCACAGUUGACAUGCAAACUUCUGAAUACAUUCCAUGUUUUCGAUUAUUUGUUUUGUAUUACAUGUAGCGAAAGUUGUUUUUGGCCCAUAUGGACUGACACCUCAAACAUUUCCGUUGAAGAGCGCAAGCAAACACUGUUGUCCUAAAAAACAUGAAUUAUGGCAGAGGCAGUACCGGUUUUCUGAGUGAGGGCUCAACAUCAAGUGCUGUGUGUCAAGACAUGUCCUGCUGGUCUUUGAUGUUAGUUUUGAAAGAGUAAUCCUAGACUCACACAGGCAGAGUGGACACUGAGCAAGGAAAUGCAAGAACCUAAGUGGCUGGGGACACAAUUUUACCUGUUCAUACCAUCCAAGACUUUGCACAGGAAUGUCUUGAGACUUGUUGGGAA